AUGUCCGUACAACGAUGGAUCCACUGCGGGCUUUGCAGCAGACUGAUGUUAAACCAGGAAACGAAAUUCUACCAUCUAUCCUGCACGGAUGUACUGUGCCGGGCGUGCAUGGCGAAAACAAACCGCGGUACUAGCUGCCCCAUAUGCAACAGCUCCGUGCGUCAUUUCACCGAGCUCGGUGAAAGUAUGGGCAGACGGGAGAAGAUACUCUACCAUCCGUCACCGGCCAGCUUCUACCAGCUCGCCAGCCAAACACUCAUAUUCCAGCAGAAGCAUCGAUUGCAUCUCGUCCAGUCGAUACUGAAGACACGCGCGUCGUUACGCCGGCUCGAUGAGCUGGAAGCACAGAUACGCCAGCGGGUCGCGGAAACACACCAGCGGUACGAAAAUAUGCGCCGAUUUCGUCGAACUUUGCAGGAAAACAUGCGCAAAACAAUAGUUUCGGGCGAACGAAGAAGCGGCGCAGCGGGUACUUUGUGUCCGGUAGCAUUGGGUACAACUUCUCAGCGCAGGAUGUCUACAUGUACACCGUCGCUGCGACCGGUACCAGUAACUCCUGUGCAGUCUCAGCGAAGAUUCUCCAUUGAUGCGUUCUACAUGGUGGAUAGUGUGAAGAUGUCGCAGGGAAACAAUUCGAAUGAUUCCGGCAUCGGUGUUACUCCUUCAUCCGAUGGUAGUUUUGUUGGAAGUGGUUGUCCCUUGUCGAGUAGCAGUCCGAAGAAGAUAUCUCCCAUGCCUGCUAUAGAUAUUGCUCACCGACGCAUGUCUGUUGGCGUGGGUGCUUUGCCAAUGAACUUCACACCCUUUAAAGCCCCACGAAGAUAUUCAACUGAUUCUUUUAAUCAGUUAAUGUCGGGGCAAAAUUCUCACGGCAUUAGUGGCAUGUCCAAUCCUGGAGGUACUGGAGGUACUCUAGCCAGUUCCUUAUUCAUUCGACCUAAACCUGUUACAACCGUUAGUGAGUUUUAUACCAACAAUAAAAAAUGA